AUGUACUAUCUGCGUGUCCUUGCUGCUGUCACUUUGUGCGCACUGCUUGCGCUUGGCGGCAAUGCUACCGAGUUCGAGAAAGUGUUCGAAUGGAAACAGAUGUCUUACAGUGAUCUUCCCGAUCGCAGUAAAGGAAGUAGUGCGGUUUUAUUCCCAAGAACAUUGGCCGAUGAAGCGAACGAAACGUUCCAAGCGUACGGUAACGUUCCGAUGGGUGCCACGCAUCACAAGAACCGGCUGUUUAUCACGGUGCCACGUCGAAGACCGGGUGUACCGGCAACGCUGAACGUGAUCGAUCUGUCGCAGGUGGCGGUCGGUGAACGGAGCCCACCCUUGAAAGCCUAUCCCACCUAUCCGAUCAAUGAGCUGCAGCCGGAACAUGUGCCCGAUCUGCGACGGUUGGUUUCGGUGUAUCGUACCAGGGUGGAUGCGUGCGAGCGGCUGUGGUUUGUCGACACCGGCAUGCUAGAGUACCCGGACAACCGGCUGCAGUUGCAGCGUCCCCAGGUCUGGAUCAUCGAUUUGAAACGUGACCAGCUGGUGCAGCGCUACACCGUACCGGAAUCGAUCGUACAGGAAGGGUUCGGCAUGGCGAGCAUCACCGUGGACGUCGAGCCGUCCGACUGUGGGGGAGCGUUCGCGUAUAUUCCGGAUCUGGCCGCGAACGCCAUCCACGUGUACAGCAUGCGCGAUAAUGACAUGUGGUCGUUUAAUCAUUCGUCGUUUGCGCACGACCGGAACCGGACCAAGCUGAAUGUGGCCGGCCAACGGUUCGAGUGGGAUGAUGGGGUGUUUUCGGUGGCGGUCGGACAGAACGAUACGCUCGCCCGCUCGAAACUGGUCUACUACCAUCCGAUGGUGAGCACGACCGAGUUCGGGACGUUUUCCAGCGUGCUGCAGAACAAACGGAUCGCCCAGUCCGGGAUGUACGAUGGGCUGUUCGAGGCGCUGGGCGACCGGGGACCUAACACGCAGUCGGCCAUGCAUCACUACGAUGCCCGCACCGGGGUAGUGUUCUAUGCCGAGAUAAACCGGAACUCGAUCGGAUGCUGGAACACCGAACACAUCUUCGAUGCGGGCAGUCACGCGGUGGUACAUCUGGACAAUCGGGAGCUUAUUUAUCCGACCGACUUGACGGGCGACUCGGACGGCAUGCUGUGGGUGUUGACCAACAGGCUGCCCAUCUGGAUCUAUUCGCGGCUCAAUGAAAGUGAAUACAAUUUUCGCCUUUGGCGACAGGAUCCGGCCGUUGCCAUUCGUGGCACAAAGUGUGAUAAUGCGCCUUAG